CUUAAAGUUCCAUGAUCACUGUCCGACUGAGGUUUGCUCGGGGGUCUCCGGCUGACUCACACCGUUGGAGGUGACCAAAGAAGCAGAGCUGCAGAACUUUUGCGGGCCAUGUUUAAACUCGGAUUAUAGUCCGAAUACAUCUUUAAGAGGCAAAAAUUAUUCGGAUGAAUGUGGCUAUGGAGGUGGAGAAUCAAAACACGCUCACAUCCUGCCCUUCGUCGCUUAAUGACAGCAGCUCUUCAUCUUCUGAUGUCUUAAAUCAAGAGAACCCUCUGGAGAGCCUUACCCACCACCCCCCAAUUCCUGGCACCAUCAUUCCCAACCGGAUUUUCGUUGGGGGAAUCGACCACAGGGUCAACGAAGGCGACCUGCAUCAGAUCUUCUCGCAAUACGGCGCAGUGAAAGACGUGAAGAUAAUAAUAGACCGCUCAGGAAUCUCAAAAAGAUACGGGUUUGUUACGUUUGAAAACCAAGACGACGUGUUGAGAAUCCUCAGUAAUGCGACUGAAAUCUCCUUUAAGGAGAAGAAGCUCUGCAUUGGCCAGGCCGUUAAAAAGAACCACUCUUCAGGAAAAGCUAAGAACACCCGCAUGGCCAACCUUGACCCUCAGAUGUCCUGCGGGACGUUUUAUCUGACCACAUCCACAGGACAUCCGUACACCUACCACAAGGGCGUGGCCUACUUUCACUGCCCAAGCAUGAACCCUUUGGCUCACCACUGGUCGCCUCACCCUCAGCUGAUGAUUCCUCAGUCCCAUCAGCCUGUUCACCCCCAGCAGCCACCUGUGUAUCCUCACUACCAGGACAUCGCAAACCAGUAUCAAUGGAACAUCGCUCAGGUGCCAACCCCUUUCAGCGCAGCGAUGUACUCACAGCAGCCAGAAUAUCCCUACCAGGCCCUGGAUGGAAGCUCCUACCUGCCUCCUGGGCCCGCCAUGGAAGGCAAUACCCCAGAGUUUUUAGAGUCGACGGCGCCACAUUUUUACUCAGGAAUGACACCGAUUGCUCUGCAGCAUGACCCCAGAGAGAGUCAGCUGUUCCCCCGUUCGCGUGUCCAUCUGAAGCCGAGGCACCGCCGCUACACGCACCCCAAGGACUACUACCAUCUGCCCGAGCCCACAGAGUCGCCGGACGCCGCCGCGUUUCCCUUCCACGCCCCUCGUGUAGGCUAACAGGCCAAUGUAUCCGCAAGCAGAACAUGCCACACUCUCCGCCGACAGUUCCUACUACUUCUCCAUGAAUUAGCACACGGUCAUAUCUGCUCCACAGCAACGCAGUGAAACUCUGCGACACUUGCUUUUAAUUUACGCAUUAGGAUUACAAUUUUAACAUCUUUGCGCUGAAGGACAUAGUUCACAGCUUUGAGAACCUGCUGGGGUCUCAAAAUGGGUUCUCUAACGAUUUUUGCAAACAGCUCAGCUAUCUUCGAUGUCACAUUUACACAAUUCAUGUUACUGGAGGACGGAUCUAAUGAUAUUUUAUGUGAAAAAAGCUGCUGCGGCAGUGUGUCAUCAUGGUGCCUUUCUGUUUCGCAUCAGAGCGGAAACAUCUAUGUUAAAAUCCACAGUUAAAGUUUUUUCUCUUGGAUCUGCGCCUGAAUAUAGAGGCUAAAUGCUUCACCGUUGCUGUUUUGCCGUGUAGUGGUUGUGUUUGAGGGUCUCGGAGCUGUAAUAUUAGGGCGUUUUGUCAGCUUUGACCCUUUCAGGGACUGCCUCACCUACUGGUUCUUUAAGCAGGGUUCCUACAUAGUCUUACAAAGAAUUUGAUGGAACUGUUUUCCAGAACUAGAACUACCAGUCCCAAUUGCUGCAUUAUAAAUAUUUGGAUUUCUGAAA